AAAUACGCCUAUCUCCCUCUUAUAUCAUUUUUUCAUCUUCUUCUUCUUCAACUAGUUGAAUGUUUGAGCAAUGUCUCGAGGGACUGAUCGGUUACUGAAGAAUUUGAAGCAAUUUACUGACCUUCAGUACAAGUACUUCACUAGCCGCUAUGGACAGCAACUCAUUGACAUAUUCGAAUUUCCAAUAAAGCUUGUUCUCUCACCUAUUACACUUGCUUAUGACAUUGCCGGCUCUGCUCCGAGGGGGUUCGGUGUACCUGAAUUCAUCUCUAAGCUGUCUUAUUCGACCAUCUUUGUGGUGGCUACUCUGGGUACUUAUGACAUUGCAAUGGAGCUCGGAAAGAAGGUGAUCAGCCAGAGGGACUGCCAGACAUGCAGUGGAUGGCAGGCGUUACAGUGCACAAUGUGCAAAGGAUCAGGCAAAGUGCAUUACCAAGUGAAAAACUAUACAUUGAAAAGGGGAGAAAAAGCCACAGCUGAAUCCAUUGCUGAUGCGAUAGCUGAUAACAGAGCUGAGUUGGUGCACCUUCCUACCACAGUGGACCUUCACUUGCCACUGCCAUCUAAAGAAUGUCCCAGUUGUGAUGGAUCGGGUGUGAUGAAAUGCCCGGAAUGCAAAGACAAGCUGCAAAUAAGGAUAUCUGCAGAUGAUAUUAUGGAGCCUCCUUGGAAAGCUUAUAAUAUCAUGAGAAAGAUGGAUUAUCCUUACGAGCAUAUUGUUGAUAGUAUGAAGGACCCCAGCAUUGCUGCAUUUUGGUUGCUUACCUUGCCUCAGAUUGUGGGUGGAUUUGAAUAUGAUGAUGAUGUCAAGAAGAAGAUUUGGUGGCAAUAUAAGGAAUCUAUGCGAUAUGAUCAACUUCGAGAUGUGGUGGCCAAGAGAAAACCUGGAUGGGAGUAUUUGCAAGAAGCCUUGGUCUCUAUUGAUCCCGCCCGAGCAAGAGAAGAUCCUGUUAUUGUGAAGAACAUUCCUUACUUCAAGGCAAAGAAAGCUCUGGAGGCAGAAGUCAUGAAGCUUGACCCUCCGCCGCGUCCUCAAAAUUGGGGGGAGUUGAACCUUCCAUUAAACGCAUCUUCUUGGAGUGAGAAGGACCUCAAAGACCCAAAAAAGCUCUAUGAGAUGACAGUUCUUCUUAAUGCACAGAGAGAAAUUUCUGAAAAGAUGCUGGAUGCUCAGUGGGAAGCGAAAUGGAGAGAAGAAAAGCUUAACAAAAUGUUGGAGGAGAAGGUACGACCGUACAUUCAGAAUAUCGACAAUACUGUACUUCCUCAACCUAUUGUUAUGGAGUCAGAAAGGAAUCAGGAUCAAAAGAGAAAGCAUGGACGAAGGAGAUGGUGGUUGUUCUGAUUGUAUUUGCUUUGCCAGUACAAUUGCUACUAGACUCAUGGGAAAUCUAAUGCUUAUAGCAGCUCUUUAUUUU